CACGCUGGGAGCCGUAGUCCCGGCGAGCCGCCAUUUCGCCGGUAGCGUGGGGGCCGGCGCCCGCGGUGACUUUGCGGCAUGGAGAGCGGCUUCGGCUCCGACUUCGGCUCCGACUUCGGCUCCGGGGGUGGCGGUGGGGGCAAGCUGGACCCGGGGCUCAUCAUGGAGCAGGUGAAGGUGCAGAUCGCCGUGGCCAACGCACAGGAGCUCUUGCAGCGCAUGACGGACAAGUGCUUUCGGAAGUGCAUCGGGAAGCCCGGCGGCGCGCUGGACAACUCGGAGCAGAAGUGCAUCGCCAUGUGCAUGGACCGGUACAUGGACGCCUGGAACACGGUUUCCCGAGCCUACAACUCUCGGCUGCAGCGGGAGAGGGCCAACAUGUGAAACGCCCCGGGUCCUGGACCAGGGAGGGACCAUGCGGGGAAGGGACGAGCGGCCAGUCCAGGUGGCUGGGGGUGAAAUCCUGCUGCCUUUCCAGCCCCUGCCAUGGCAGAGCAAUAAACCCUCGCUGAACCUUUUGCAUCCACUGGCUUUUAUUAGCACCGGCCCCAGGAGCGAGUGAAUUUUCCAGCCUUGAGAGCCACCGUGAGCUGCUUGGUUUGCCUCAUGCCCUUCCCAACGGUCCCGACUGGCCAAGGCAUUUUAGCAGCUGAUAAAUCCCUGCUGAAAGGGCUGCGAGAGGCAAGGAGCCUUCUGUGGAAACGGGGGGCCAAGCCAGCAAUACAGUCCCCUUGCCCAGGAAGCAAGCAUGGACCCAGCCAUCAGGAAACUUCUGCACAGCAAGUGGGAGACAGACAGGCUGGAUGUAUUUGUUGAAGACAAGAGGUCUUGCCAGCUCAAGUACAGCCACAUCAAAGUCCAGAAUGAUAGGGUUGAAGAGAGGAUGCUGGAUCACUCUUGUGACGUUUACUCUCACUGCAUUCCCAUCUGUUCCAUUUAGUGAUGUUGUUCCCACGUAGGCUUCGAUCUCUUCUGGAUUUGUCCUGCAAACACAUAAUCCUAAACACGCGUGCUCACACACGUACGCCUAGCAUGAAUUCUGACAUUUAAAUUGCAGACGACUUUACGUGACCAGUGUUUGAAACCCUACUUUUCCACAGCAGAGCCCAGCUCACAGAAGAGCAGCCCUGCUAAGUUGGGCCCAAGGAGCUGUUUCCAGCAGUGGCACGUGUUGGACGUCUCCUGAAGAGCAGUGACUCCAGUGCCACAGCUGUGGGUUUGGCUACACGACCGCGUAGAGCUGCACAACUCUGCCGGUGGGCAGGCGAGCUGGAACAGCAGUGCUAGCAGGGAUGGGCUCUUACUCAUUGAAGCAGUGAGCUGCCGAUACCAGCCAGCGGUCCCCAAUUAUGGUGGCUCCACAGAAAUGUCUUGAGUCUUCUUUCAGGCUGACUUGCCAGGGGAUCUCUCCUCUGAAAGCAUCUGUUCCUCCCACGAUCUUGCUGGGUUUAGAGAACCCAGGUCGUUCUCCACACUCUGAACAAAAGCCAAAGCAUGACUUGUGAGUACUCCUAGCAGAAGACAAGCGAGGAGAGACUUUUGCUCUCCCUAACCAGUAAGUCUGAGCAGGGUCAGGUCAGGGCUGAAGUGUGAGUCACCUGCCCAAGCCCUGCCUGCUGAUCACGGCAGUGCCCGAUGGUGGCCAUUCACAGCCGUACAUGGGCUUUCACCCUAACUGCUGUGCUGCAUCUUGCUCUUGGCAAGUCCUUCAUCCUGGGCCUUUCUCGAAGGGAGAGUACCCAGCAGCUCUGUGCCUCUUAGCCUUGCCAUUCCAGAUAAAAAGUUAAUAGUAAAUUUAGAAAAAUACCCUACGUCUGUAUCUGCCUGCAGAGCUGCUGGGAGGGCUCCUUGGAGCUGACAGGUCAUCCUCUAGAGACCUGCCCUCCUUCCCUUCAGGGAGAAGAUGCAUGGCUGCUGUGAAGUUGCAGGCAUCAACUUUGAACUGCUGGGAGCUCCUUAGGUGGUAAACAAAAGCGAGUGGUCAGGUUAAACAGCAUCAGACGCUGCUGUGCCUUAGCACCCUGUCCUGGGGCUGCUGGAGCAGACCAGUUGCACAGCAGACAAAAUUACCUAUUCAGUUGCAUAAGCAAAGGAGCCCGUGAAACUCAUCUGCACAGAUACUGAGUGACGUUGCCAGGGCGCUCUGGGCUGAGCCGGGGCAGCCAGAUAGUGACACUUGUGCCUUGGCUCUUAGCACUUGGGCAAGGGUUGUGUGGGUCGCCCUGCUGAAGGUCAUUUCAGCUCAGCAGAAGAAUGAACCCGACAUUUGGACCUGUACCAGCCACUCAUCCUGCCAAGGUGCACUCACCCUGCGGGUGCUCAUACCUUGUCGUCUCGAUGCAGUCACUGGCUUGCUGGCGGCUGGGUCUGCUGACGUGGUGGGGAUUGCUCCAGUGGUGGUGGCGUUGAGCUCUUCAGAGCCGACCAAGUUGCUGUUAGUACUGGAGUGUAUUAAAGGGACGGUAUGGGCUAUGGGAGCGGGGAACGCAGAAAUAGCAUCCAGGAUCCAGUCUCUGAGUUUGGUAACGCGUGUGUACACCCCGGGCCGCCUGGCUUCAGCGCAUCCGAUUCCCCAGCUCACGAUUCCCGCCAGGAAAAACUUGCCAGAUGGUUCUUGGCAAACCAGGGGCCCACCGGAGUCACCCUGCAAGAGAAGCCAGAUGGUGAGCUCUCCCUGGGGACACUCUGAGCUUGCCCUGGCCACCCUCAGCAUACCUCGGCCAGACCUCUCUCUGUCCCUGUGUAUUCCAGCUCACCUCUGCUUGUUUGCUCCAGCCUAGCGAUGAGUGAAGCAUCUCCAGUGAUGGCCCUUGGGUGCUCCUGUGUGUGGGCACACUGUCCUCCUAUUGAGCAGUAGCUUUGUGCCCUUGAUAUGCCAGAAAAGCACAAGGACAUCCUCCAUAAAAUCUAGGGUAACCAUUUCUACUGGUUUUAUCAUUUGUUAAACUGCUGCUUUUAAAGGUUAAGCCCGGCAGCCCCUAAACAGCCAGAUGAUGGGUGUUCAUUGCAUGAUACGCAACCCAGGGAGACCACGCUAAUCUUGGCAUGAUGUUUCCUCGAUUUGGCCGAUAGUUCCCUGGUCAAUUCUUUGGUACUGUGGGGCCAUACGAGUGUCACUGAUGUGGAACGUGGUGUCUGUGAAGCUGGCAGCACCUUCUGGGGGUUGGAUUGCUCUAGGUGAGCAACCAGCCGGGUCACCUUCAUCAUCCGACCUCGAGUCUUCCAUUUUUGGCCCCUUCUCUGGUGGUUGUGCUACAUUUGGUGCAGAAAUAUGAAGCGCGACCACCAGAGAAGUGCAGUUUUGCUCAGCUAGUGGCUGCAGGUAUGAAGGGCCCUGUCCCCAGGGACAGCCAUGGAGAUCAGUCCUCCUCUCAACACAGUCCUCCUCUCCCCACACACUGUGAAAGGCGGGAUUUUCUCCAGCUGACCACUUGCAGGCUGGAUAAAGGCUAACUAGGGGAGAUGCCGAGUUGGUCACCAAAAACCGUUGUGUACGUUUUGGUUUCCACUGCUGCUUUUUGCCAUCUGGAUUUUGAUCUGAGGACCUGCCAGGUACAUUGGUAGCGCCAGCCCUGAUUACAGCUCAGGAAGCGGAGAAAAGUAAUUAAAUAGCCAAAAGAGCCCCUUAAGCAGCAGUUCCCUGCUCUAAGCAGUAAAGAACAUAUCCUCA